UUGGUUUUAGACGACGGUUCUGAAAAACAGAGGGAAAUCGAAUGUCAGAUAUGCGGCGAGCGAGUGACGAAUGACGCGCUGUCGAGAACGAAGCAUUUGACGAGGCACCUCGGAGAUUACGAAUUUAGGUGCCAUUACUGUGAUUUCAGCAGCUUCGUUCAAACCGAGUCGCUGAAGCACGUUACUACCGUUCAUCCUGCCUACGAGCGACUCGGUCAGCAGUGUUUUCCGAAUGACGCCAUUUUAUCAGAUAAAAGCGGCAGUCCAUUUUCAGCGGCGAACUUUAAAGUUACCUGUACACUCUGUCUUUCUCAGUUUUCUUCCUGUGAUAUAAAGGCGCUGUUUGACCACAGCACGGAACAUAUGGAAAAGAAGCAUUACAAAUGUGGCUUGUGCGAUUUUCUUCACGAAGACAAGUCGAAGGUGAAAGAGCACUGCCGAACGGAGCACUCCGACGAUGCAGCUCACAAAAUAGUCAUUAGUAGCCCUGACCCUGACCAGGACCGCAAUUACUGGAAGGAGUUAUGCUUUCCGGACGUGCCAAACAUGGUGGUUGAUGUGCAGGAUUCCGGCGGCAUGGUCGAGACCGAAGACAUCGACGAGCUUGACGAGGAGGAGGUUGAAGAAGAGAACAAUACAAGCAACGGUAAACGUCGAGCGACAAACACUCGGAUGGUCUAUGUAGAGGGUCCAAGGUACAUCUGUCAGCUGUGCAAAUGUCCCGUGUCCAUGUACGCCAGUUCUCUGUAUGUUCACGUGAAAAAUCACAUGAACUACAAACCCUAUUGCUGUGGUCACUGUGAAUACAAGUCGCCCGUUAAAUCCAAGGUACGCCGCCACAUUCAAAAUGCUCACAAAGGCUGUGCUCCCACAAUCAAUUACUUUCCGACGCCUGGUAUUGACCAUGAGGUUCUGCGGUGGAAGAAAAAAUGUUUUCCCGAAGUGACGUCGUUUGCAACGUUGGCUAACGACAAAGUUCCCUGUCUAUUGUGUAAAACGGACGUCGCCGACACUUUGUUGUCCAAGUCCGUCCACGCCAAAAAUCAUCUCGAUUCAAAACCGUACCACUGUGGUUACUGUGCCUACAAGAGCUGUCUGCGCGGCGAAACUCGCAGGCACGUUGUGCGACAGCACAUCGGCCUACCGGUCAACAUUGUGUUCAAGGAGACGGAGGUGGCGUCCAAGGAGAAGGUCACCCGCAUGAUCCAUCAGUGCUUCGUGACUGGCUCCGGCCAAUCCGGCAAGGAGUCGGGCGCCGGUGCAUCGCGGCUGCGAAGAACCAAGUCGUCGUUAGUCGAAGACGUAUCGGCGAUCAAUGAGGAUAUCGCCGCUCUGCUGCGCUCCGAAGGCCGGGGCCGUCGCAGGACAUCAUCAACCAUCAUUAAGGAGAAGACCACCGUCAUCAACAACAAGGAAUCAUCAGAUGAUUCGUCGUCGUCAGCGACCAACAACGGCGCCAAGGAGGCUGCCGCGGCAGCAGCAGCGGCGGCGGCGGCAGCCGACGUGAAACUCGGACAAGCUUACAGGGUGUGGCAUUGCCGCUACUGCAACUAUAUUGCUCACAGCAAGUACAUUGUCAAGCAGCACUGUGUGACGGAGCAUCCGGGAAAACCGGUGGAAGUGUCGGAUGCCAACCGUUUCUAUAAAUAAAU